AUGGCACCUCAAAGUCAUUUCAUUAAUGUAUUUUUAACAAUCUUCUUAUCUGUCUAUGUCCUUUCUCUCUCACCAUCAAAGAUAGCAGCUUCUCCAGCGUUAACAGCCAAAGUAUGCAGCGGCAAGUCAAUCUUGAACCGUGAUUUCUGCUUGAAAGCUCUUACCACUCCCCAAGCCGCUGCUGCUAAAUCCCCGAAGCAACUUACAAAUACUGUCAUGACAUCAGCAGCCUCAAAUGCUCAAACUACACUCAAUGUGAUCACCGCAAUGACUAAGAACCCAACUUCACCAGGGGGUCUGAAAGCUCUCAAAACUUGCGAGGAUGUCUAUAAAUAUGCUGUGAGAUCAUUUGGAAUGAUACCUGCAGAACUGAGUGAAGAUGCAAUGAGCGCAAACUAUGAUGUUAGCGUUAUUGGCCCUGAAGCUGAUCGAUGUGUCAAGGCAUUGGCAGCCGCCAAGGUUAAUGCUCCCCAAAUUGCUGAUGGAAAUCGGAAUUUGCAGUAUUAUUCAGCAAUGGGAAGUGAAAUAACAGCAACUUUGAAUUAG